CCGUGAAGAACCCCGAAAAAAUGAACGUUAAACCGAAUUUCAGUCUUCAAAGGAAAUUCUCGCGCAUUCGUGAUGUCCACAUGGAAGCUUUCGUGGAGAAGUAUAAAAAUCUCCUCAAAUGGAAGUCAAAUGAAAGAAUUUUGGACAUUGGAUGUGGAACUGGAGACUUGACCUACAAGUACGUCUACCCUUUGCUCCCACCAGACUUCUCGAAGUUUAUCCUUACUGAUGUAUCUGAUGAAGCUCUGACGAAAGCGAAAGAAUUCUUUGACGAAGAUCCCAGAGUUGAAUUUGAAAAUUUGGACGUUGUUUGUGAACUCCAGAAGGAAUUGGAGGGAAAAUUCGAUCAUAUCUUCUCAGCUUUUUGCCUUAUGUGGAUCAAUGAUCAGAAGAAGGCUUUUGAGAAUAUUUACAAACUCCUAAUUCCCGGAGGAGGGUGCUUCCUUGUUCUCGUUUCGAAGCAUUUUGUGCCGGAUAUUGUGUAUGAAUUGCUGGAGAAGCCCAAAUGGAAGAAAUUCGUCCCUGAUGUGCAGAAUGCGUACCCUUUUCCGUAUAGAAGUGAAGCUGAUCCCGUCAAGACGGUUGAGAAAUUGAUGAAAACCGUUGGAUUUGUCAACGUGAAGGUUUACCUGGAGGAAACAACUUUUGCUUUCUACGACGAAGAGGAGUUUUUGGGAUUCUUUGAGAGCUUCCCCAAUCCAAUGGGAUGCAUGACGCCUGAGGAGAAAGGAGACUACCUGAAGGAAGCCCUUGAACUGGCCUACGCACGCAAAGUGAUCAAUAAAUCAGGAAGAAAAGGUGAAAGUGCUUCAUUGAUGGUUAUUUAUGGUGAAAAAUAAAGAAGAACUUCUUCUAGAAUCUUUCUCUAGAAAGUUCAGAAUCUAAAGCUGACGUAAGAAUCUGUUUAAUCUCUUCAUUAUCAAUUUAGACACUUUAAAGCCUUAUCAAGAGAAAUUAAAUGAGCUCCAACUUUCAAGUUAAGAAAAUGACAAAAGAAGAAGAGAAAGAUUGAUAAAGAAAAUUCCGAGACAAUCGUGAACAAAACUAUGAACUUGAGAAAGCCUUAUCAGCUCACUUUUUUAACGCGCCUAUGUAAAAUGAAAUAAAAGCAAAUUAAAUUUGGAAA